CCUAACCUUAUUAGUUCGGGUCGAUCCGACGUACCGUACGCCGUGUUAAGCCGAUCCCGCUCCCAUUAACACACCUUACGUCCUACUAACUAACUAACCUUAUACUAUUAUACCCUUCCUUAAUUAAUUUUUCUACCAACAUAACAUACAUACCUACAUAAUAACAUACCUAUCCACUGUAGAGCCUCACAGGGAGUAAUUGCGCGGUGAACGGACCGCUCGGGACGACACCAUGUCGACGACUGCUGGGGCCUUCAUAGCUGGCGGCAUAGCCGCUUGUGGUGCCGUCACGGCUACGCAUCCCUUCGAGACAGUCAAGAUUCGAAUGCAGCUGCAGGGCGAGCUCCAGACCAAAGGCCACCAGCCGCACCACUACCGGGGGCCUUUACACGGCGUCGGCGUCAUCGUGCGGAACGAGGGGCUGCGCGGCAUCUACCGCGGCAUCGGGUGCGCCUACGUCUACCAGGUGCUGCUGAACGGGUGCCGCCUCGGCUUCUACGAGCCCAUGCGCAACGGGCUCGCCACCCUGCUCCUGCGCGACGGCGCCAAGCAGAACUUGGGUAUCAACAUGUUCUGCGGCGCCUCCUCCGGCAUCAUCGGCGCCGCCGCGGGUAGCCCCUUUUUCCUCGUGAAGACCAGGCUCCAGAGCUUUUCUCCGUUCUUGCCGGUAGGCACCCAGCACAAGUACCGCAACGCCUUCGAUGGGCUCGCGCAGAUCUAUCGGGGAGAAGGGUUCAGGGGCCUGUAUAGGGGCGUGGGCGCGGCGAUGAUCAGAACGGGGUUCGGCAGCUCGGUGCAGCUGCCGACGUACUUCUUUGCGAAGAGGAGGCUGGUCAAGCAUCUGGGCAUGGAGGAGGGCGCGCCGCUGCAUCUGGCUAGCAGUACGGUGUCUGGGUUUGUCGUGUGCUUUUGCAUGCAUCCUCCUGACACGAUCAUGUCCCGCCUCUACAACCAAAAUGGGAACCUAUACAAGGGCGUGUUCGACUGCCUCGGCAAGACCAUCCGCACCGAGGGCUUCCUCGCCAUCUAUAAGGGCUUCCUCCCCCACCUCGCCCGCAUCCUCCCCCACACCAUCCUCACCCUCAGCCUCGCCGAGCAGACCAACAAGCUCAUCCGCAAGGUCGAGCGCAGGUUCUUGCCUGAGUCGUCGUUGAAUUAAUGCGCUUUUUUUUGGUUGGCGGGCUUGAUGUAGGUGGGUCUGGUAAAGGAGAAGGCAGAUGGGGAGGUACUGUAGAGGUGGGAUUCUUCUUUACCUAGGUAAGGGGGGGGCCUUUUCGGACUUUCUCUGGUUUUUUGUUUUCCCUCGGAACGGAGAAAAUGGUAUGGUUUGUUUCUAGAGGCAAAGGAAAAAAAGAAAGGGAGAAAAGAAUAAAAGAGAUAAGAAAUUAAAUGAAAGUUAUAAAAAAGAAAAAAGAAAAAAAGAAAAACAGAAGCAUCUUCAAAAGCUUUACCUGAGGAUUAAGAUUAAGAUUAUGUGUGGGAAGACGAGAUGAGAUGAGAUUUUUCCCUUUUCUAUAACUACCCCAUCCCCCCCCUUUUUUUUUUGAGGGGGGGGGGGGGUGUGGUCGGUUUCUUUGGGUUCGAAAAUAGUUAUGGGCGCGUACCUACAUACAUACAUGUACAUACAUAGUAGACUUGGGUUUUUUGGUUAGGCACUUAGGUACUAGGUAGUUAGUUAUCAGGUCUACCUACC